UAAAAAUUUUGUUCUCUUUUCUCUUGAUAAAAAUCAACUAAUUAAACGAUCGGCGAUCCCUAUUUAUUUCGAACACACACUGACACCGCCACACCACUCCGACCAGUCCCACUCCGACCGCCGCCAGCCCAUCAUUUCAUCCAAUAUUUGUCCAAAUGCUCUGGCGUGCGUAGAGAGCGAAGAAGCAGAAGAAGCAAAAACAACAGCGGAGAGGUGAAACAAAGGAGACGCACACAAAAUACAAUUUAAAUAGUGAAUUGACACAAGCGACGGCCUCGACUACGAACGUAACGCUGACACACACAGAGAGAGAAAGCCGCUGGAGUAUCACGUGAUAAUUAUCUGCGACUCGUAGAGCACAGCACCCCCACACCACACGACAUCCCCCACAUUCACAUCCUGCGGCAGUUGUGUUCUUUACAUAACAACAGCAGAAGCAGAGGAUUAAUAUAUUAUGAACAACCUGGCGGACACGGUGGUGGUGGAUCCCGGUUUCGGUGGCGGCGACAAGCAGCAGCAGGCCGCCGUACCCCCUCAGGAUGCCAGCGUUGUGGUGCCACCUCCGCCCACCAAGCAAUCGUCGGCCCUCAAGAAGACCAGCCGCUACCGCAGUCGCUCACUGAGUGCCUCCUCCACGGACUCCUUCAGCUCUGCCUCGUACACGGGCAGCAGCGAGGACGGUGACGAUGUGCCGCCCCGCGAAAAGGUCCAGAAGAACACCAAAGGCAGCUCCGAUUUUUGUGUGCGCAACAUUGCCGCCCAGCAUGCGUUUGGUCGGCGCGAGAUCGAGAUUGCCGAACAGGAGAUGCCCGGCAUUAUGGCCCUGCGCAAGCGUGCCGCUGAGGAUAAGCCCCUGAAGGAUGCCAAAAUCGUCGGCUGCACACACAUCAAUGCCCAGACGGCGGUGCUCAUUGAAACCCUGGUGGAGCUGGGGGCCAGCGUCCGCUGGGCUGCCUGCAACAUUUACUCCACGCAAAACGAGGUGGCCGCCGCUUUGGCCGAGUCCAACAUACCCAUUUUUGCCUGGCGCGGCGAGACUGAGGAGGAUUUCUGGUGGUGCAUCGAUCGGUGUGUGAAUGCCGAGAACUGGCAGCCCAACAUGAUACUGGACGAUGGCGGCGAUGCCACCCAUCUGAUGCUGAAGAAGUAUCCGACAAUGUUCAAGCUCGUCAAAGGUAUUGUCGAGGAGAGCGUCACGGGCGUGCAUCGCCUCUAUCAGCUGUCCAAGGCAGGCAAACUGACGGUACCCGCAAUGAAUGUAAACGAUUCGGUGACCAAGACCAAAUUCGAUAACCUCUACAGCUGCAAGGAGUCCAUACUGGACAGCUUGAAGCGAUCCACGGACGUGAUGUUUGGCGGCAAGCAGGUCGUUGUCUGCGGCUAUGGCGAUGUGGGCAAGGGCUGUGCCCAAGCCCUCAAGGGACAGGGCUGCAUUGUGUACAUCACAGAAAUCGAUCCGAUAUGCGCACUGCAGGCCAGCAUGGACGGUUUCAGGGUGGUGAAGCUGAACGAGGUGAUCCGGAAUGUGGACAUUGUGGUCACUGCCACCGGCAACAAGAAUGUGGUGGUGCGCGAGCACAUGGACAAGAUGAAGAGCGGCUGCAUUGUGAGCAAUAUGGGUCACUCCAAUACGGAGAUCGAUGUGAAUGGGCUGCGCACGCCGGAUCUCAACUGGGAGAAGGUGCGCUCGCAGGUGGAUCACAUCAUCUGGCCGGAGGGCAAGUACAUUAUACUGCUGGCUGAGGGACGGCUGGUGAAUCUGAGCUGUUCGAGCAUUCCCUCCUUUGCGGUGUCCAUUACAUCGGCGACGCAGGCGCUGGCCCUCAUCGAGCUGUUUAAUGCACCGCCCGGCCGCUACAAGUCCGAUGUGUAUUUGCUGCCCAAGAAAAUGGACGAGUAUGUGGCCAGCCUCCAUCUGCCCACAUUCGAUGCCCAUCUGACGGAGCUGAGCGACGAGCAGGCCAAGUACAUGGGCCUCAAUAAGGCCGGUCCUUUCAAGCCCAAUUACUAUCGCUACUAAAGGCGUUGCGCCAGGAUGAGGACAAUAACAAUAACAGCAGCAGCAGCAGCAGUAGCGGCAGCAACCAGCAAACAGCAGCAACCAGCAACAAUUAGAAGAAACAACGCCAACGAAAGUAUUGUCUUUGCAAAAGUAAAACUAUUUAAGAGAGAAGUCUGGACGGAAAUUUGAUGAUGGCUGAGGUGAAUGGAGACGGACGCUUGCGGAGGAAGAGCCCUCUUGAAAUUGUUGACAACACACCGAAACCGAAACCCAAACCCAAACACACACACACACAACACUCAAAAAAGAAGAGAACACACGAGAACACAAAGUUACUAUUACAAAAUGUAUUGCUUAGUUUAGCGAGUAGAAGAUCCAAUGACCAGGCUCCAAAUCGGCAGAGAGCAUGGCUUAGUGGAUACUGGAGAAGAAUUCAAAUACCUUAGUUUGCUUUUUCAUAGCAUUUAACGUUUUUCCCGACAGUAUUUAGAUAGCAUUUUUGCAUAUUUUUCGUUUGUCGUUAAUCAACACCUAACAUGCACAACACUGCUGACCACUGACCAACACUGCUCUCUCUCUCUCUCUCUAUCUAUCACUCUUUCUCUGCUUCACCCUAAAUCAAAAAAAAAAAACAAGUGAAACCCCCCAAAGAAUUUAACAAUUUGAAACGUUUUAUUGCCGUACUUUGAAUUUAUGUAACUACUACUACUAUAUGUAUGUAUAUGUGUAUAACUAUAUGUAUAUUUUCUUGUCGUAUUCUUUAUGUACUUAAUUUGUUAAAUGUUUUAUGUUCGCUCCCUACCGCCGCCCGGGCACUAUUCAUAGUUUUGUUCCGUUUUUGUUGAGCGUCCCAAAACAAUGUUAAUUGAAAAUGCAGUGCAAAAAGUAAUUCCAUUUAUUCAAUUAUAUACACGCGCUGGCAUAUACAUAUAUAUAUCAGAUCCAGAAUAUAUAUACACUGCAUAUACACAUAUGCAAAUUAGAGAGAACUUUAUGUAUAAAAAAAAAACAAAACAAACGAAAAGUCUAAAAGCGAAUUAAAACUGAAAAAUGUUUGUAAGAAGUUUUGUGAGACAUUGAAAAACAUUAAUAAUAAAAAAGGCAUUCUUUAUUGA